CUUAUAUAAAAAUGUCCGAACUUGAACCAAUCACUCCUGUGGAGCUAGUUAACAAGUAUUCUAACGUUAGUGUCAGCUGAGGAGGAAGCCUCCUCAUUGGGCCUAAGGCUGGGAGAUAUGCUAACUAUUUCACCAUAUUUGCGAUGUGGGGCAUGGGUCUGGGAUUUAUCAUGUAUAUUGGCUUCAUGCUUCCAAGAGGAUACUACUUCGAGUGCUUUGUUUCUGUCCUGAUCUACUUCUUAGUAGUCUAUCACUGCUUAAGUUGUAUGUUCAAGGAUCCAGGAAUAAUCCCUCGGCCUCCAGAUUACAUUAAAAAGAAAGCAGAAUGGGAAGUAGAAGCCAAGAAGAAAAGAGAAGAAGCCAAUGAGCGAAGAAUUGAAGAAGCCAAGAAAAGAGCCAAGGAGUAUGAUCCAGAAGACACCCCUAUACCAAUGAACGAAACUAUUUCAACAGAUCCAGGCAAUCCUGAACCUAUUGAGUUGCAAAAGCUUCCAAGAGAGGAAAUAAUGACUAAGACUUCAAAGCCUGAUGAAGAAUCUAAGACCCCUCAAAAUGCAAAGAUUGAAGAUAUCAACGCUAAUUGAAAAGAAGGAUGCUGAGAUACCCUGCACAUAGAGACCAAGAGAUAUUGAAACACAUGUCAGGUAGAGCGCCCUCCAUUUGCAUCCCACUGCAAUACCUGCAACCAGUGUGUUGCCAACUUCGACCAUCAUUGAGGGGUUCUAAAUUGCUGUGUAGGAGGUAGAAACCUUCACCACUUCAUCUUAGUUCAGUUCUAUGCUGGUGUUGGGGCAUUCUUCGCUCUCUAUGCAAUCCCGAUGUACUACUACGAAGUCUACAAAGAGCUCGAUGGAGAAAACCAGCAAUAUAUGCAUGACAAUUGGUACAAAAUAAUAGGAUGGUAUCUCUGAGGGCUAAUAGCCUCAAUCCUCACCCUCUUUGGAGCAAUGUGCUGCAGUUGCAUUGGCCUUCUAGGCUAUGCAAUGUCUGCAUGGACCCUCAUCGAGGCGAUGAUGGGCCAGAACACCUUGCUGAUGAACCCUCUGCCACUCCUGUGCUCCUUUGGGUUGCCCAUAUUCUUCGGUACAUUCUUCAUGUCUCUCUUCUACUUCUUCUUGAUCAUGAAUGGGAGCAACAAAAAGAUAGAAGCAUCCAAGAGGAAGUUCCAGAAGGAGCACAAGAAGAAGUACACCAGGAGGGAGGAGGGAGUCUCCUCCAAACUCAAGAGGUUGUUCCUCUUCCUCUACUGCAACGAGGUUCCCAAAAGCAUGCUAUAUUAAAAGGAAUAAUGAAGAUUGGGGUUUAUAGCAGGAUUUGGCUAAAUC